AUGGCUGUAUCAUCAGUUCGAAUUGCAAUCCUAAUAUUGCUGAGUUUACUCGAAAUCUUACUGUUUGGAGGAAUUCAGUACGGAUGGCCUUCCUUGCUCUACAUAUUAAAACAGGAACACUUCUUUGAAGAACUGUGCAUUGAAGGCAACAACGUCACUUCCGGAAAUGGAACAUAUGAAGUUUCCAAUGCAGAUUGUUUAUCACAAGACGAAAUAUUUAACUUGAUUUUCAGUGUUGGAAUAGUGAUAUUUACAGUAAUUUGUGUUGUAAUGGGACAUAUGUACUUCAAGUUUGGUGUGAAGAGAGUACGCACACUCAGUAUAUUCGUCCUAGUUGCUGGGGUGCUAUGUUUCGGUUUCACAUCUCCAGAGUUCCCGUGGCUAGUGUUACCCGGAAUAGUGUUUGUAGGCGUGGCAGGAAUCUCACUGAUAAUUUCCAACAUGCAGGUGGCAGUCCUGGUACCGAAAGGUUCCUCUGUGUACGUCGGUCUCCUCAAUGGCUGUUUCGACUCUUCUGUUGUGACACAGAUGGUUGUCAAGGCCCUCUACGAAAACGGAAUCAGUCGCAUGUACUCAUAUAUUAGUGUAGCCGUUUUAUGUGUCGUCAUAUCCGGUUUUUGUACUAUUCUCCAUCCUGGCUCAAAGAAAAAAGCAGCUGACUCUGCAAAUGCCUGUGAUGACGUGGACACCGUGGAAAACACCGCAAGACUUCCAGAGGGAAGCGUUAAUGCAGCUUUUAAAAAUGACGAAAACAACUUGAAAGGUCAACCUCAGGAAGCAGCUACGAGCAAGGAAAUGGAAAACGAUGUAACCACUUCUUCUGUUUCUUCUGAUGACGUCACAUCCGGCUCCGUCAGAUCUGUUAUCUGCUCCCGUCUUUACGUCCUUCACGUGCUGUGGAUGAGCGUACUAUUAUUGCGGUUCUACUAUUUUAUUGGGUCAAUAAAUAUGUUAAUGGUACAGAUUCUGGAAAAUGACGGACAAGUAAGCUACCUGACUGACGUCAUGACGUACACAAUGUUGGGAGGGAUGAUUUCAUCCUUCAUUGCUGGACAGGUGUUCGAGAUACAGAACAAGUGGUUUACAGGAACGAUGAAGACAGUUAUUCCUCUAACAGUGACGUCAUGCUUGGGCAUACUGUUAUCAUCACUUUCCUUUUCGUCCUCAGGAACAGUUCUCUACGUUGAUUUCGUCGUCUUGACAUUUUUCCGAUCCUUCGUUUUCAGUUGUAACAUGGACUUCGUUAUAACCUCGUUUCCAAAGAAAUUCAUGAGUGUACUGUUUGGCCUCGUUAUCUCCGUUUCUGGUGUCCUUUCUAUGACACAGUACGCCUUGUUUAUAUGGACUAGACGAUAUGACAACGCAAUGACACACGUAAACAUUUUCCUGUUGUGUCUGUCAGUUAUCUCCCUGCUACACCCUUUCCUGAUUUUCAUGAGCCAGAAACGAGGAUCAUGUCACAGAAGUGAAAACUAUAAUAGCAACUGCAGCGCCAAUUUGAAAAAUGUGGUAGGAGAUUCAACGAAGUUGUAA